CAAGAACUAAUUAAAUUAUGACCCUUGCGAGUUUCUUGAGACGCACGAUAGUGCAAGAAAUUUCCUUCUCGUUACAACGCACGGUGUUUCACCAGCUGUACCGGCCGGUACGGUACCGUACUCCUACUUCUUUUUGCGAUUGCGAUAGAACAGGCGACGUCUUGUAGCAUUCUAUUGGAUUUGUACCACGGCGUUUGACCCAAUUGUGGCCGAUUGGAAUCUACUGGCUGCUCUUCGGUUGCCGCAGCCAUCGCACUAUAAUGCCAGGGGUUACGAAGCGGUUGAACAGGACGAUGGGUUUCACGUCAGGAAAAAUUGGGAUUGUCCUAGCGGCCUUCCUGUUCGGAUGCAUCGUGACGACGACGAUAAUCCUCAAUUUUGUCACGCUGACAAAUGCCCCCUUUCAGACCGCCGAAGGAGGCCCGAUCAUAUCAUCUUUGGAGGUACCCAAAGCGUUGCCGGAUGCGAGUCCAACAGAUGCAACCGUUGCAACCAAGAAUCCUCUGGUCGGUCAGAGGAUUUUGAUUGCCAUAGCGGCGUUCGAUUUUUCGCAGAUUCCCCACCUGGAGGAAGUUCUGGACGCGUACCAAGAUUUGUGCGUGACGGGUGCCUCGAAGGUCGACGUCGUCGUGCAUGCCACAAUUGCUUACCCGGUGACGCUGAUCGACAUGCUCAACAGCCGGUUGCUUCCCGCCUGCCAGGGCAUUUUUUCCAUCACGAUCGUCUUGAAGUCAAAGAAUUUGAGGCUGCACCUGGUGGACGUCCACCGCGAGCUCUUUUACGAUAAAAUCGACGACUACGACCUCUUCAUUUACACCGAAGACGACAUACGGGUGCCACCCAGGGUGGUCGGAGCCUAUCUUUCCGAAACGAAACAAGUCCAGGACAUUGUCGGUUUGGAACGCUCGAGCAACUACAAUGUGGGAAUCGUCCGGUACGAAUACAACUUUCCGGGCAACGUGGCGGUAGACGACAAAACAAGACACGCCACACAGAACGUAACGAGGGUGUACUGGGAGCACGGACAGUACCCGGUGUUCGACAAGGCAGUAUACAAAGCCAAGGAUAAGGAUCUCGGUGAUUCGUACGUAACGAUGGAGAACAUACACCAGGGAAUGUUUAUGGCCACAAGCUUUCUCCUAAAAGCUUGGAAGGUACGAGAGAAUUGCUCAUUUCACAUUGCGAGCAAUCGGCCGAGCAAGAAAGGCGAAAGAAACCAGCCGGCAAUAGGAACACAAAGAGUUUGGUGAGUUCAUUCUUUUGGUUCGCGAGCUGUGCAAAACGAAUGCGUGCAACGGAUUUUUUGAAUCAUAAGAAUUUGCUACGGAUGAUUGAGUCGGAUUGGCAGAACGCAAUUUGAUGACGGAGGGGAGGGCCUAGAGCGGACGAAUUGCGCUCCUUGGAGAGAAGACAAGUUGCACUCCAUGAGUUGCAUUCCGUCUUGUUCUCGCCCCCCAUCCCCCUCUCGUAUGGUGUCUCCCGUGCACACCUUGCUCCUCCAUCCACCCUACGCGCUAACCACAACCUUUCUCUUUCUCUGUUCUCGGUGUCUUUUACUUCCUGCCGACCCCAGGAUGAGUUCCAAGCACCUGUACGACCGCAGAUACGGCUGCAAUGUAAUGCAGGUUCUCCCCACCCAGCGGUUCGGAACCCUGACCGUUCUGCACCUGCCGAACAAAAACUACCGGCGGGUCGGUCAUUUCCGAAACAGGUACGCACAUCGUCUUGCUCGUUUGUCGCGGUGUUUCGUUUCGUUUUGUUUAGUUUCGUUGGCUCGAGUUGUGUUGUGUCGUGUUCCGCUGGGGUCGGGUUGGAUUAUCGUGCCUCCAUCCCACUCACUUUUGUUGCCGCCGGAUUGGUGCUUGCUUUGUACUACUAUUGCUCUGCUGCCGCACCCCAGGACGUUUUCGGACGGGACCGAGACCUUUGACUUUGGUUCCGAGAGCCUGCUGAGCGAGAUGAAGCUCCACAUCGAGAUGCGGAAGCACACGACGCAGGUUCCCACAUUGCCCUACGCCGGGAUCCGCAUGCUGGACGAGGUCAAGGGAGGCCGACGGGUGCGAACGCCCCUGCUCGAGCGCCGCAUGGGAGAAUACCAGGCCUACGUGGAUCGGGGAGGCAUACUCUCCGAGAAGGACAUGACAAAGACGGCACUAGUGGAAGAACGGUGACGCACCGCGUGUGGUGCUCAACAGAUGCUAGCUGUGCU